GUAAAAUUAGCAGGUAACAAGAACGCAAAUGUAGAAGGGAAGAAAAAACAAAAUGCAAUGAAGGAAUUUUUUACAGGGUCCUAUGCAUGCCUGAGGAUGAAACUCAUAUUGAAAAGACAGUUUAGCUAUUACCUAGUCCAACUCUAUGGUCCUACAACGAUGAUAGUGAUUGUGUCAUGGGUUUCAUUUUGGAUCGAUAUGCAUUCAACAGCUGGACGAGUUGCACUCGGCGUUACCACGCUACUUACCAUGACAACAAUGCAAGCUGCCAUCAAUGCAAAAUUACCUCCAGUAAGCUAUGUGAAAGUAGUGGAUGUAUGGUUAGGAGCCUGUCAAACGUUCGUAUUUGGCGCGUUAUUGGAAUAUGCGUUCGUUUCCUAUAAGGACACAUCAAGAAAGGAAGAGCAGGCAAAAAGUAACGCGACACGAAAGGCUCAGAAACGUCGAGCCAAAUUGGAUCUACCCGUGGACGCAUAUCAACCACCUUGUACCUGUCAUUUGGUAAGUUUUUUACUUGGUUCUCCUUGGUAA